AUGUCUCUUCUCCCAGCCCGCAUGGGAGAGUACGCAGUUUCGGCCCCUGGGGCCCCUGCCGCCGCCGCUUCCGCCGCUGCUGCUGCUGCCUCUGCUGCUGCCGCCGCCCCCGCCGCCCCCGCCGCCCGGAAGAAGGGCAAGAAAUAUGCUGCGAAGCGGCAGCAGCAGAGGUCGACGUGCUACAAUUGUGGCCAAUUGGGGCAUUAUGCCCGAGACUGCCGGCUCCCCCGCCACCCCGCCGCCGCCGCCGCCGCAGCGCCACGUGAGUAUUAUUGGCUCGGCUGGUGUUUACCUCAAAUAUAUACGGCUGUUGUUCACGGGCCUUCGGGCACAAUGCCUCCUGGUGGCCCCCCAGCCAAUCCAAAUGGGGGGGUGAAAAAGAACAAGAAGAAGAAGGCCAAGGCCGAAUUGGCCAAGAAAGCCGAGGAGGAGGAGGACAAGAAGAAGGUCAAGGAGGAGGUGGACGACGAAUUUUUUUAG